AUCCACCACCCACCCCAACAUCCACCAACGAAAGAAAUAGCCCAAUUUCCACCCGACAACAGCAAAAAUGGUCGAACUCCGCGAAGUAGAGGAUGAGCACUUUGUCAACGCCCAACCUGCCCCCUCCGACGACGAGGACUACACCGAUACCGAAAGCGAGAUUUCGGGGGACGACGAUGAUGAUGACCUCGACCUCGAGGAGUCCUUUUACGAGCGGAUCGCCGCGCUCAAGGACAUGAUACCGCUGAAGCAGAGGACCUACAUUUCCAACGGCUUCUCAAAGACCUACAACUUCUUCAGCAAGGGAUUCACGCUCGGCGGUAAGACACUCUGGAUUCUCUCCACUAGUGCGCUGGUGCUUGGGGUGCCGUUUGCCGUGGCGAUCACGGAUGAGCAGCAAGUUGUCGAGAUGGAGAAGGAGAUGAAGGUUUGUUCUUUACUUCUACCCUUUCCGCUCGCUAUUGUUUCGGGAUUGAACUGAUGGGCGGGGUGAAUAGAUGAACCAGAUGACUACUGAUGUGGGUGUCUCCUGACGUCGGUUGGGGCGGUUACUGCGUGGAUCUUGUGAGGGUAGCUAACGGUCUAUAGGCACUCACCCCCGGUGCGGAAUCUGUACUUGCCUCUCCGCAAAAGUAAUUUUGGGAACUCUUCUGUACAGAACGCUUGCAAUGUAUAUUACUUUGGGGGGUUUUUUUCUUCUUUUUUUCAUUUCUUUUUUUGUAUGCUUAGGGAUUAGAUGGAUGCAGGUCUGGUGGGGAAAAAGCGGAAUGAUGUUCUCUCCUCUCAGCAACGCGCAAUUUCGGCCUUUCAAUGAUGGGAUACGAGGGGAUGAUGUGUCGAAGCUAUGGAUCGCGCUUUUCGGUGAUGUAGGCUACUUGGGAGGCUGCGGUUCAAUUCAGAGAUUGGCUAUUCCGAGUUACGUGGAAUGUGCCCAGUCUGCAAAACCGGAUAGUGCUGUACCCUACUCGUAGUUCCGAUUUCCCACUCAUUAGUUGUCCUAACGAAGCAAUUGUUCAACCACGGUGCAUAAUCCUCGAGUGUAGUAUUAUAAUAAUGAUACCAUCCCUUCUUGUUAUAAUAAAUGGAGCUUCCCACAACCCAUACCGCCCCAGACCUGACUUAUGAUAGAUACCACAUCCCCGCAAACUGCCC